UUCCAGUAAUUCGCCAAAAUGACUAACACAAAGGGAAUGAGGAGAGGCACCCGCUAUAUGUUCUCUAGGCCUUUUAGAAAACAUGGAGUUGUUCCUUUGGCCACAUGCAUGCAAACCUACAAGAAAGGUGAUAUUGUGGACAUCAAGGGAAUGGGCACUGCUCAAAAAGGAAUGUCCCACAAAUGUUACCAUGGCAAAACUGGAAGAGUCUACAAUGUCACCCAGCAUGCAGUGGGCAUUAAUGUGAACAAGCAAGUUAAGGGCAAGAUCCUUGCCAAGAGAAUUAAUGUAUGUACUGAGCAUAGUAAGCACUCUAAGAGCCAAGAUAGCUUCCUGAAACAUGUGAAAGAAAAUUAUCAGAAAAAGAAGGAAGCCAAAGAGAAAGGUACCUGGGUUCAACUGAAGCAUCAACCUGCUCCACCCAGAGAAGCACGCUUUGUGAGAACCAAUGGAAAGGAGCCUGAGCUGCUAGAAGCCAUUCCCCAUGAAUUCAUGGCAUGA